AUGAUCCGCAGUCUUCGAGCUCUGGUGGCCCCUGAAGACGUCGGGAGCGCUCUGCCCCACGAACACAUUCUGCACUCGAUUGGGUCCAUUGCAGCAUCGAGUGACGCGCUCACGAACGUAAACAUUCGCUGUGAAGAUCUCGUGGAGUACCGUCGAUCGCCUUUUGCGCACGGCGGUCGAAAUCUGCUGCUUCAGAAAGAAGACGAAGCGUUUCGAGAACUGGAAAAGCUGCAGCUACUGGGGAACGGCGUUGGCGCUCGAUGUCUGGUUGUAGACGUGACGGUACCGGUUGAAGGACGUGACGCGUUGAUGAAAGAGCGACUGCACCUGGCUGAACGACUGCACGACGUGCACCUGGUGACUGUCACGACAGUUGAGAUGGAGACGCGUGAUGACGACGUUGGCAGUGCCUUUUUGCCACUAGCAAAGACGAGUGAAGGCAUUAGCAAGAGACUGGAGGCGGAACUGAUGUUUGGUAUCGAGCGAGAAGGUGCGGUGGUGUUCCCUGGAGCAAUGUACCAGCAAAUACAUGCGACGAACAAAGCACUCGGCGCAGCAGAGCAAGUGCUUGUACAGGGCCUGGCACUGGCGCAAGCACGAACGCACGCUCCUCUGUAUCUGUCGUUUUCGCUCGACAACGCGAGUGAGAAGCCUCUUGAAGAACAGUCAGCACUACAACAGGUGAUACGAGCUUGGAUACACGCGCUGCUGGAAGCUGGCGCCGAAGGAAAGAAGCUUGUGGUCUGUCACGCAGAUCGCUGGUGCCACGGGCGUUUUGACGAGGCUGGGUACGCGUUCUUGUUGGAGCUGUUUGGCUUGGGCGUUUCGGUGCUUUUCGACAUGAUUGGCCUUCGGACAGUCAGCGAUGUGGUGCUGGUGAACCCGUGUUUCACAAGCGUGUCGGGUUCAUUCCCGCUUUCGCCGGAACACGAAUGGCAGGAGCCGGCUCCUGAUAGUCGCCUCGCAACGUGGCUUGCAAGACUGUUGAUCACCGCCCCGCAGUAUCUGUUCCAGAUGCUCCUGUCUACCAACGUUCACCAGCGAACACAAUAUCGUCGCAACGGUGGCGGAGGUUAUGCGUAUUUGUUCGAGCACUUCAAGCAUCGCAUGCUGCACAAUGGCGUCACUGCAGCCCAAUGGCAUCAGAUUGUGCGUACAAAUGUCGUCGACCUCUUGGCAUGGUAUGUCCCUCCUGAAGCACCGCCACUUCCCAAGAACUACUUACAUUGCUCGAUAUGUGGCAACUGUUUCGAGCCCGUGGAGGGCGAAUAUUUUACCAAGUUUGCGUUCAUAUAUUGCGGGCCGAAGUGUCUGCGUCGUCACAGUCGACAGAAGUUUGCCUCGCUGCCGACCAAUGCGGGAACCUCAUGA